CGGGUUUUUGCCAUUCAAACUGUAACAGGUCAUAGAAACCCAUUUUUAAAACGCCCGAUACCCAAAGAUAGAUAGCAAAGAGGAAACUGCGGUAAAUUCGGAUCUUUCGAUUGCAUAUCCGGUCCUAAUUCGGUUGCUUCCAUCAAUUGUCAGAUCCUGCCCUGCCCUGUCUGUCUCAACAUAACAUGACAUGACAAUGUUGAAAAGCCUCAUGAGAGCCCCUAAUUUGCUCUAACCCUGCAGGGCAUGCGAAUUGUGGAUUGGCAGGGGCCUGUCCCAGAAAAGGCGCUUAACAUCCAUCUAACAACUAUUCUAGGAGAUGCUUCAUCCAUCCCACGCGUUUCCUACUGCCAGCCUCCUUGAGCUAGAAUAGCUUCUCAUCAUCAAGCGCAUCCGUUGAGCCAUGUGGGAGCUGCACUGCCUGUUACAUCUUAUAGGUUGGUGGAUUACUGGGGUGGUGUUUGGCAGCGGCUCCGUACCUUAGCACGGAGUUGUAGGUGUGGCAUCACUUGUCUGACGCCCCUAAGCUAUGGGUGCGGUUAUGUUCAUCUGCCUUUCUCGGCGUCAAUCAACUGCCGUUACGCAUUCAAAUUUCCAUAUUUGCGGAUCCAAGGAGGUUUCAAUUGGGAUUCUUGUGGAUUAAUGCCUCAAUGCUUCCAAUUUUAUAUCAUGAUUACUUUGAUCUUGAUCGUAUUGUUAAAUCUCGCCAUUCGCGUUAUCCAUCGCCGAGUGUCGGCGUUAUUGGAUCCGUUGGCAUGGAGGGGCAACAGAUCGUCAAAGCUUCCUUUCGUGACAUCAGCAAAACAACUUAACAUGAGGAAGGAAGGGAUUCCCUCUGCCAACAACCCAAACCAAGAAUUUCUUGUCACGCUCCCUCACUGAAUCAUCUGCAACCUCCCUUUUACCGGUAACAAGCCAACGGCGCUAGAAACCGCUCGAAAGGAUCUUGUGGAGGGGAUGCAGUCAUUCAACCAAAAAGCCACGGCGAUUACCCCAAAAUACGGUAUAAACUGCCAAUGCCAUCGUGGCUGGUACUGCAACUGGUGCAUCAAGGCACGAAAUAUGAGAAAACGGUGCUAAGCUGUUAUACAACUGACAGUGGAGAACCACGUCAAUCAAUAUACAAUCAUGGCGUGUACUUCUAAAGGCAUCCUCACUUUUCCCCGCACUCUCAUCAGACAUGGCGCAGGUCCCCCAGAUCAUCUAGCACAGCGCUAUUGGGAAGCAGCUUCGGAUCCGUGAACACACAUGAAGCUCCAAAUGAGGAUCUUCCCCAGACAGAUCUUGGGUAUACACGCAACGCCCACCACUUGAGUCUAUCUUCUCUGGUAUGCGAAGGGACCGCCUCCGGGUCCAAGGUUCAUCCCAGCCGGAUGGAUGGAGGUCUUUUGGGAAGUGCGGGGAAGCUCUAGCUCAGUCCGUUACGCACUGAAGAGACCUUGACUCGAAAUCCCUGCAAUAUUUCUGCUAUACCAACGCUGGACAGUGCUGUGGACUCAUGCGGAUUGGUGGCCGCAACACAUGUCUCUUGCGGGAUGGAGCAGUUCACCCAACCACAGACCAGCUCUUCAGGAUUUCUGGUACAAUUUCCAACAGACCUCGAGGUGAUCGUGUCAAAGGCUGCAUGAUAACGACUUGGUACGACAGUAUAACAGUGUCUAGGCCGUGCCUCGCUUAUAUCAGUAUACUGUAAACCCAUCAGAUAUGGCACGAACAAGGACUGGCAGAACCACAUGCGCAUGUUAUGUAUGCACAACUAAUUGCUCGGCAAGUCAGUUACUCCUCUGCUUCAACGGUCUAGGUUAGUCACCUGAAUUCAGCAUUGUCUAAGCGACUCAUGUAUUUGGUGCAACAUUUCACGAGCAUAUCAAAGACGCUAUUGGUCAGGUUUUACCCCAACCUAUGCCAACGCUUCUCGUUCAGGCUCCGGGUGGCCGGGCGUUGUUGUUUAUGGCAAUUGGCAGUUUGCUAGAACAAGCCUCAGAAACUGCCAUCGCAACCCACCCUGAUACAAGUCUCAGUCACGAUUGCGGAUAGAUGUACCUUGUUUAUCAACGCUACAUUGACUUAGAGCAAUGAGCUUGGGGCAUCUGGAGCCUAACGAUCAAACUCCCUAGCCACUCUCGCACCCUUGUCCACCCCAAGUUCCCUCGCCAAGUGCCAUUUGCUUCUCGAACACGCAACUGGUAGGGGAAUGAUUGGAGGCAGUCUUUGUCCUGUGGCAACACCUCAUCUACCUUCAACUGUUGAAGAUCCACCUUCCACGAUACCUUCGCAGGGGUUGUCAAGAUGUGCUUUGCCCCAUGUCGGUUUUCCUCCCGCUUGUCGGUCCAGAGGGAGAUUGGCUUGCGAGGAUUUUCGUCCUUGAAAGAGCAAUCAGGAUUGCAUAAUCUGUGUAAGUGAAGAUGCUUGUUGUUUCCUCUCACAGCUUAUCCAGCCAACACUAUAGAUGAUGUAAACAAACUUGAAGGCGAAGUUGAUGCUGGUCUGUGUUCUAUAAUCAAGCACAAAGCUGUUAUUCAAAUAUCUUUACCUUCGAUACUGCCUAGAGUAAGGGGAGCCGGGUCUAGCUUGACCAGGUCGUCACAUCUUGAAAGUUGAACCCCAUGUUCCUUAGAUCAUCAUAUCUGGGGCAGGGUCCGUGGGUUCCUGGGUCCUCCGCGUUUUCAAGCCGCGCUUAUCCCUCUAGGCCCCGUCAUCAGGCCCGUGCAGUGCUAAAACGACAUCCACUGCGGCUCCGCAGUUUUAACUUGCAUGAGCCGCAAUUGUUUUCCCCGCAUCGACGUUGCGGCACGCCCCCCGGACCUUGGAGACACCCUGAGAACGGCUGAGCCCCAUCGAGUCCAGCCAUGCGUGUAACUGCAUCCCUUCCUCCUGGCGCUGCCUGUGAUACGGGGCCCCAGACUUGAAAAGUUGUUGGCCUCAUGAGACUUCUCGGAUCUGGAGAAACGGAAGCAUUUCACGGGGUCAUGUUGGAUCGUUCAGCUUCACGCUAUACCUGAUCCAAUAAUGCUACGGUGAGGUGGCGCCCAAGUGCGUGGCUCUGCCUUCUCAUGAGGACAAUCUGGAGUCAUGAUACCCAGAUCUGGGGUAAUCAUGGUCAACAUUCUACUCCAGGCUUUACCAGGUAGGUAUUCUUGGGGUUGUGCGUGCCCCUUUAUUGGCUGAUAUGCCUGCGAUGGCUUCCAUUGCGACGAGCCGUCAGUGUCAACUUGAAGCGUUUGUCCGAGGGAGGGGCUGUGCUCCAUCGACCAGGGAGCUGCUCACAUGAGAGCUGAUUUCGUGCAUGAUUGCUUGUUUCUUUUUCUGCAUCUCUCAUUAUUUCUGUGGUUUUGCAGCUCUUUGAAGUUCCCUCGAACAGCUGGUCAUGAUGAUUUCUCGCCCCAUUCUUGACCAUCCUCGCACAAUGCUCAUUCGAUUUCUUGGAAAACAGCGGUACAAGUCGGAUCCUAUGGAGACUCCAUAUGCACAUCUGCCUCAAACCUCUCUUCUCUGUACAAACACUGACUAAUUUGCAUUUCCUGCUCUCUCCCACGCUUACUAUCGUGUUCAGUGUCUCCCGCGCAGCACUUCGUACGAGCGUAACGACUUCACGAUAUUCAAGAGCAAGUCAGUUGAGUUGCCUCGUAAGGGCUUGCGUAUGGCGGUGCUCUCGCGUUUCUUCGCAAGCUACCCUCGUUCCUGCUAGUUUAAUCAGCUAUGGAAGUACUUGUAGCCAUAAGGUUAAACCUUCGGCUGCUAACCGGCUGGAUAAAUCGGGAACAAGCAGGCUGAUAGAGCUGUUGUAUGCUGUUCAGCUGGCAACAUGGGAGAAUUGAGCUUCGAGGUUGCUGAAAUGACACUUUUGAUACGACAUUCAGGGUCCACAUUAUGCGCAAUACGUGCUACACGUCGAUCGAAGUUCACGCACAAUGAUGAGACGGCGGUAUAGGUUCCAGACGAUGAAAGUUAAAGUUGAAUUCAAUCAACUCUCUGGAUUGGUCAAGAGGUUUAUUUAUGAAAACAGAUGUUCCUCCUUUUCUCGUUGCCCGAGACCAUAAACACCGAAUGUUUCCCAAGCGCUUGCAAAGCUAACAGAUAUUCAGAUGGAUCGAUCGCUCGUUACUUCCUCGACUCGCCUCCUAUCUUGGUGCAGCGCCUAGGCGGCGACCUCGACCGACUGCUCAACACCAUCCGCCUUGCCAGAGUUGACCUUCUUGCCAGUCUUGGCGAUCUUCUGGAGGACGGUAUCGUAGGGGAGGGCGGUGACGACCUUGGCGGUCUGGUUCUCAAGGGACACAUCGUAGCUCUCGACACCUGCGAAGGGAUAUUGUUAGCAGCGGUAAACGGUCGCUUGGCGAAGUGCACAUACCGUCAAGCUUCUUGAGGACUCUGUCGAUGGCACCGGAGCAGCCGCCGCAGCUCAUGGUGAUGUUGAACUCGUAGGUGUGAGUGUCGGCCAUUGUGAAUGUGUUGGUGAUUUGUAAUUUUGAGGUUGAAGAAAAUGGCGGGGUAUCUUGAUAUCAAAUGGAGAUGCGAAAGUUGUCGGAAUUAGAGGUCCGUGCUAAAAGUGGAAAUUGAAUUGUGGGAAGUUGGACAAGAGUCUGAAGGGGAUUGCAAAUAAUUUAUAGUCGUUUUAAGGGGGUAUCUUGAGUUGCAGUUGCUGAGAGAAUUGGCCGCUGACUGUGACGGCGGAAGUGAAUUAUUAAUAGGCGCUUGCAACACUUGUUCUCUGUGCUUGGGCGCCGCGAUAAUUGCGCAAUUCGUUAGAGGGAGGAGCCACAGAUGAAACGUGCUCAAUACAACGGGGAAACUUUUCUGAAACGCUUCUGACGGGUAAUUAUUCCGAAUCUUGGCCUUUUUGCUUCUGAAUCACCGUUUCGCAAUUCUUUUCUAUGUCACAGUUUAUGCCUUUUAUCUCGCUGUUGCUUCAGCUGUUUUUUUGAUGAGUAACUUGCUCAGGUGCUGAAGGGUCCGUGUAAGUGAGAGUCUAAAAUUAGGUGCUAGUUAUUUACAGUCAAAGAUCGACUCUCGUCAUCUUGGGCUACUGUGACAUAAGCCGUAGAUCAAUUAUAGAGUAAUAGAAGCAGCUACACUAGAAUCACAGACUCCGUCAAUUACGCCAUG